CCAUCCCGGAAGCCCCAGGCAUGCAGGGGGAUCCACAGGUAGUAGCCGAUGUGGGCCGCGGGGUGGGGCAAGGGUGAGAGCGGGCGCAGCUCGCAUAAAUGCACACGCGAGUACUUGCACGCGGUCAGAGGCACCACCUGUUACAGGCUGUGGGUGGAGCACUCCAGCCUGGGAGUCAGGGCACCACGGUGGCAGCAGCCCCGAUCUGCCAUGCCAAGGGUGCUAUUCAGCCUCCCGUGUCCCCUCUCCGAGUGAGCCUCAAUUUCCUCUUGUGCAAAGAGGGGGCAGUGACCUAUACGGUUUUCCCAGCUGUGCCACUGUGGGGUUCUCACCAAACCGGACUUUGCAAUGACUCAGGGAUACCACCCAUGCUUUGCUGCCUUUGACCCACGUCCAAGAGUCCCCCCUGCGCUUCAAAUCCCCACGGGGAAAUAAGGUAGUUAGAUAUACCAGCACCUUGGGUUGGAGCGGCCCCUCCCCCGUCCGCCAUGUCCUCACCGCAUUCUGCCUGGAGGCGCCCACCUAGUAAUCACCUUUGUGCCCUGAGCCCUGGGGGUGUUCCCGAGCAAACGGAGAAACCCACCUCAGACACCUACGUGACUGCCAGGCUUGCCCCGUGGGUCUCAGUGGUCACUCUUGGCUCUGUCUCCCCACUCCCAUCGCCAUCCCCCAUGAGCUUCCCGCCCCCCCCCCCCCCCAGACCUGGCCAGGCCCAAGCUAGGGGCCGGGAUCGAUCGAGCCCCCGGGGUCACGUGACCAGAGCUGGGGGCUCCUGUCUGAGCACUCCAGCUUCUUCUCCCCAGGUGCCCAUCGGAGGGAAAGAUGGCUGAUGCGCAGAACGUCUCGCUGGACGGCCCGGGGAGUGUGGGGGCCGUGGCCGUGCCUGUGGUCUUUGCCAUCAUCUUCCUGCUGGGCACAGUGGGCAACGGGCUAGUGCUGGCCGUGCUGUUGCAGCCCAGCCCCAGUGCCUGGCAGGAGCCCGGCAGCACUACGGACCUGUUCAUCCUCAACCUAGCGGUGGCCGACCUCUGCUUCAUCCUGUGCUGCGUGCCUUUCCAGGCCGCCAUCUACACACUGGACGCCUGGCUCUUUGGGGCCCUCGUUUGUAAGACGGUGCACCUGCUCAUCUACCUCACCAUGUACGCCAGCAGCUUCACGCUGGCCGCGGUCUCGGUGGACAGGUACCUGGCCGUGCGGCAUCCGCUGCGCUCGCGGGCCCUGCGCACGCCGCGCAACGCCCGCGCCGCCGUGGGGCUCGUCUGGCUGCUGGCGGCCCUCUUCUCGGCGCCCUACCUCAGCUACUACGGCACCGUGCGCUACGGCGCGCUGGAGCUCUGCGUGCCCGCCUGGGAGGACGCGCGCCGGCGCGCCCUCGACGUGGCCACCUUCGCCGCCGGCUACCUGCUGCCCGUGGCCGUGGUGAGCCUGGCCUACGCGCGCACGCUGCGCUUCCUGUGGGCGGCCGUGGGCCCCGCGGGCGCGGCGGCGGCGGAGGCCCGGCGCAGAGCCACGGGCCGCGCGGGGCGGACCAUGCUGGCGGUGGCCGCGCUCUACGCCCUCUGCUGGGGCCCGCACCACGCGCUCAUCCUCUGCUUCUGGUUCGGCCGCUUCGCCUUCAGCCCGGCCACCUACGCCUGCCGCCUGGCCUCGCACUGCCUCGCCUACGCCAACUCCUGCCUCAACCCGCUCGUCUACGCGCUCGCCUCGCGCCACUUCCGCGCGCGCUUCCGCCGCCUGUGGCCCUGCGGCCGCCGCCGCCGCCGCCGCUGCCGCCACGCCCGCUGCCCUCCCGGCGCCCGCCGCACCCACCGCCGCGUCCGCCCCGCCACCGCGGGCCCUGCCGGUUGCCCCGGGGACGCCCGGCCUCGCGGGAGGCUGCCGGCGGCCGGCGGCCGGGGCGGGGGGCCCGGGGAGGAGCCCGCCCGCGUCGGAGAGGCCGGGCGAGCCUCGUCGGCCCCGGGACCGGAAUAAACCCGGUCCGCCUCCACUCUGCCGGAUGACCGUCUUUCCGUCAUUCCGCUUCCCCCCCCCCCCCCAGGGCACGACGGCGACGAGGGGACGCGCCAACGCCAGGGGUCCUCUGAGACGCACUGGCCGAGCUGGGGCCCCAGCCCCCGUGGAUGCCCCUGGGCGGUGAAAUUGGGUCACCCCCGCGAAGCGCAGCCCCCUGGCCAGGCAGCCCCCAGACUCUGUCCACAGCCGGUCUGGCGGGAGGGCCGUUCCUCUGCCCGCCCUUCCAACCCGGUCAGCACCUUCUAGGCCCUGCUUCCUCAACCACCCUUUGCGAAGCCGCUUCUCCCUUCCAGGCUGUGUGGCCUGGGUCAUGUAUCCCUAGCAGCUGAUUUAGCAAAGAGUCGUGAAGCAUUUUCUGUGCAUCUUACGCGGUGCUACGUUCUUCAAUCUCAUUAUCGAAGCAGCUUUGCAAGGUAGAUACGUAAUUAGCUCCCUUUCUGCAGAUGUAGAAACCAAGAAUCAGAGAGGUUUAGGAAUUUGGGGGGGUCUGUCUGAGUCGGUGGAGUGUGUGACUCUUGAUCUCGGGAUUGUGGGGUGGAGCCCCAUGCUGGGUGUAGAUAUUACUUAAAAAUAAAAUCUUCAAAAAAAAAAAAAGAAGAAGAAGAAGGAGAAAGAAAGAAAGAAAGAAAGAAAGAAAGAAAGAAAGAAAGAAAGAAAGAAAGAAAGAAAGAAAAAGGUUUAGUGAUUUGUCCAAGCUCACAUAGCUAGUGUUUGGCAGAAGUUGGAUUCAAACCCACCGCUAUUUAACUUGUUCUGCUCAGUGGAACGGCCUUCUCCACUUGGGGGCCUCGGCUCUCAGUUUCCAAGGUUUCCAAGGUUUUCCUUGGUUCUUCCUGACUCCUGAUCCUGCACCGGCCCUCUUCCCUAAACCAGCAGCUCCCACGUUUGACUCGAUGUCUGGAAAUCUCAGAGAGUUCCCAGUCCUCUUCUUUGGGACAGUUCUGUUCAGUACUUGGGCCGGCAAGUCCUGAUGGGCUUGUCCCAGCUACCGAGUCCCAGGUCCACGGCCUGACCCAAGCCCCUUGCAUUAUUUUUUUCAGCCAUUUGGUGCUCCCAGAUCAGGUGAGAAACGGAGCCCCACUCGGGUCCCAGCUGGCCUCCCAGCAGUCCCGGCUGCCCUGUGGCCCCCUCCCUCCCGUCCAUGCACACAGCAGGGUAGUCGGUGACUGUGGAAACCUCCUAAUUAACCAAUAAAUCAGUCCUGACGGUUGCAGAACUACCCAGUUCCCUCCCUCCCCCGCCGCCUCACCACAUGCCAAUAAUAUAUAUUAGCUUCAGGCUGAGGCCUAAGAUCUUAACGGCCUCCUCGUCCCCCUGGCACGCCUUCCGGCUGCCGGGCACCCUGGGAAGGUCCCUCGCUGACAGUAGGCGGCUGCUGAGUCCUCCUCGCUGCCUGCCACCUGCCGCAGACCCAGGGGUCAGUGUCGGUCACCCUUCACACGGGGAGGCUGAGACCAGCUGGGGGAAGUGGCUGCUUCAAGGGCCCAAUCGCAGGGGCCUGACACCUGGGCCAGCAUCCCUUCUCGCACAUGUCUGCUAGGGUUCCCACGGCUGACUCAGGCCACAGCAGUGGGAGUGUUUCCGGGACGGCAGGGGCGCGAUGCUGCCCGCUUCUGCAGCACCCAGCACGGCCUCUACCUCCCUGAGGCCCUCACUCACAGCUCCGCUGGCUCGCCUGUGCCUCGCAGACAAGAGAUAACACCUCCCUCUUCAGAAGGGAAAACUGAGACUCCAGGAGACGAGGUAGCUUGGUCAAAGUCAAAUGGCAAAUUCGCGGCAGAGCUGGGAUCCUAACUGGGCCGGACAGAAGGCUCUCAUGGCAGGCCAGGCACUGGGAGAACAUCUAAGACUAUCUGAAGUUCACCGCGUGACACUGGUGAGUGCCUACGGAGGAGAAUGGGGAGAGGGGCGCCUGGGUGGCUCAGUCGGUUAAGCGUCCGACUUCGGCUCAGGUCAUGAUCUCGCAGUUCGUGGGCCCGCCUCGGGCUCUCA